GUAAGUCCUGAUAGCCGCUAUCGUAGGCCAACAUGGCUCACCUACUUCACCGCUUUGGUGCACGAGCACUGUUGCCACGCAAGGACGGAGAGAAGCUUUUACCACCACUUCUAGGUUUGCAAGAAGCUCUUAAGUUGCGCGAGCAAUAUUAUGUAGCCGGCCGGCCCUGGCCAUUUGAGGACAUCGUGCCCGGGCGGCCACAGCCCCCGCCUGGCUGCGAAGCAUAUGAAGCUCGGAAAAAGGAGAAAGCACAGAAGCAAGCAGCAAGGGAGAAGCAAAUUUCGGACGCCAUGACCGCAAUGCCCAAACUAAUUGCCGAGUACAAGGCCUCCCGGCGGCUAGACUGGACCGAGGUGUCCGCACUGGACCGGCUGCUUAUGACGUCGGGGCAGAUCCGGGAGAAGUACGUCCGCAAGCGGCUUUCCAAGCAGCACUAAGCACGGGUGCUGUGGCAAUCACGGGUGCUGUGGCAAUCACGGGUGCUGUGGCAAUCACGGGUGCUGUGGCAAUCACGGGUGCUGUGGCAAUCACGGGUGCUGCGGGUGCCGCCGCCAUCACACCACGCUGCUUGGCGGCUGGUGUAUCAUCAGAGCAGCACCCUGCGGCCCAGCACAGCACCCGCCGAUGCUGCUUCGUCACGGGGGCAGCUGCUGGCGGCAUGACAGCAGACGACGAUGCAGACGGCCCGGCUUUCCGGGCUUCCCGGGGAGGGCUUUCCGGGUUGCUAGGGCAGCUGGGCGAAUGGGGCUCAGGCGCUGAACGAGGGGAGGGGAGGGGGUGCAUGUUGGUUGGUGCAUGUGCAUUUGCUGGAGACGUAUGCGAGCCGAAUGUGGGCGGGCUGUUUUUUGGUGAUGGUGGCGGGUUGGGACUGGCAGCUUAGCACUGGCGGCCGCCCUGUUGUGUUACGGACGCAUACAUGGCGGGUUUCCUUAACAUGGCGGGUUUCGUAUGUAAUGGCUUCAUGUAAUGGCGCGAAGUGACACCUGCUACUUAGUGAUGUGGAAAUGCGCACAGUCAGCACAGCCAGUCAGCAGCUCAGCACAGGUUGGCAUGCCCGCCUUUUGAUGGCGCAGCGCCUUCAGAGCAGGUCAGGCGUCUUGCAUGCUAUGCGCUGUGGGGCUUUUCCUUGGGGCCGUUUUGUGACGGGUGAUGCUCGGCAAGAGGCGUCGAAUGCUUUCCAGUGUUGCUACACCUAUUAAAUGUGCCUCGUGCUAGUGGCAGAUAGCUUUGCGAGCGGUGAAGGUGUUGUGGUCGCAUCUCAUGUCCUUGCUGCUGCUGCACCCCUUUCGGGGAGGGUGGGCGAUAUGGACAUGCUAAUAGGUCACCUCACUGGUGUUUUUGGCGUACGGUAGGCCUGCACGCAAUUGUUGGAACUGACUUUGGCUCUGAGAGGAUUCCAGCACAGCGACUGUCAGAGAAGGCGUUGUAAAUGUAUAUGCGGAAGCUGUGUAUACGUCCACGCACAUGACUUGUGGGAACGCAGAUGAUGUUACAAGGUGUCAAAAAAACGUUCCUCCUCAA